AUUGAUUUGGCUUUGGGCCGUGAUGAACAAUGGUAUCAUAUUAGAAAGUUGGUGUCCAACGCCUUUACAAAAACCAAGUUGCGAUCUGUCAGCACUGUUAUGGAAGAACAGAUCGAUAACUUAAUUCGAAGGAUGAAUCAAUUUGAGAAGAACAAUCAACCAAGCCCAAGGGACUUGUUGGACCACUUGAUCAUUGACUCAAAGGGACAGGACAAGGAUUCAGUCGCCAUGGUUGGUAAUGACUUUAUUGUUGCUGGGAGUGAGACCAAUGCUUCAACAUUGGAGUUGUUGUUGAUGUUUUUGAUCAACUAUCCAAAAUCCAGGAGAAGAUGGCCGGUGAACUAG